AAUAAUAUUUAUAAUGCAACAGUAUUUGCCGGCAAAGAGCAGCAGUAGUUGCCGCAGAGCAACAUUUUCAAAUCUACUACCGUGUCUAAAAAUUAAUCAUAAUAAACUUAAACAUAAAUGUAAUGGAAACAAUAUCAUGUUUACAUUGGCUUUCAUAAUCGCAGCUACACUCUUGAACUUGUGCAGCGCUGGUGUGCCACACAAUAAUCAUCAUCAUUUUCUAGAAGCAGCACCACGAUCGUCAUCAUCGUUACAAUUGGCAAAACAAUGGAAACUUUUUUCAUUUAACUUCCUAUCGCAUGCCCCCUUGAAUGAUAUGAAUUUCUUUAAUCCAUCAAAUAUCUUGGCAACUGGUCUUGUUAUAACGGAGGAUCGUUUCUUUAUUGCCACACCAAAGUUAUUCUCUGGUGUACCAUCAACUUUGAACUGGGUUUCAAGAUCAAACUAUGAAGAUUCACCGGUUUUGCAGGCCUAUCCCGACUGGUCUUUUGCCACCACUGGACGUACCGAUUUCAAUUGCAGUGAUUUGGUUUUAAUUUCUGUCUAUCGUCUUCGUUUAGAUUCCUGUAAUCGUUUAUGGGUUCUAGAUGCUGGUAUCUCACGUUCUCUAGAGGAUUACGAAAAGACUUGUCCACCAAAAAUAUUAGUCUUCGAUUUAAAAACCAAUCAAGUGGUACGACGUAUAGAUUUUCCUCAAGGUGUAUUAAGAGGUGAAUCUCUAUUCACUAAUUUGAUUAUAGAUGAAACCACUUCUAAAGCGGGUACUUGUGAUGAUGUUUUUGUUUAUAUUUCGGAUACCGUAGAACCAGGUAUUGUGGUAUAUGACAGUAUACGUGAUACAACCUGGAGAGUUUCCCAUCCGGCCAUGUAUCCAGAUCCUGACUUUGCACAAGCUGAGAUACUCAAUGAUCGUUUUGUACUAAUGGAUGGUAUAGUGGGUAUAACAUUUGAUGCCAAAAAAGGUUUAAUUUAUUUCCAACCCUUUGCCACUGACAGAAUAUUUUCAGUUACCCGUGAAGUUUUAAGAGCUGGCCCGAUUGCCAUUAAUCAAGUUCUGCCCGUCAAGUUGGUGGGUAAGAAAUCAUCACAAGGUAUUGGUAUAGCAGUAACAGAUGAUGGUACUUUAAUUUUUGGACCUUCGACUGAAACCGCUAUAGCUACUUGGAAUCCUAAUACUAAUGAACAACAUAUUUUGGCUCAAGAUAAAGAACAUUUACAAUUCCUUUCGGACAUUACACUCUCACCACAUGAUCCUGGCUAUGUUUAUGCUAUAGCUUCCAAAUUCCAAAGAUUCUUUUUGAAAAAUCUCAAUGUUGAUGAAGUAAAUAAUCGUAUUAUUAGAAUACCAUUACCAGGCUACGCACCCACACUGCCCGCCAUACAACCCUCUCCAUAUGCUAUUAAACCUUAUAGUAUACAAAGUAAUCUAAAUACUUAUUACCAGCUAACCAACUCCCUACAACCGAAAUUAACCAACGCAGCUACACAUUUUAAUAGACCGGCAGCCAGUAGUAGUCAUCCGUACAGUUUUGAAAAUGCUGGCAUUAUCAAUUAUUCCGUUAAGAAUCCUUUUACCGCCCUCAAUCAGGGAGAAACAUUCCCUCCCCGCAAAGAACUGCGCAAUCAAGAUCAAUAUUCAUUUCUGGAAAGUUUAGCAACAAUAUCCCCUGCAGGACGUGCCUUGCCACCAGAUCCCUCUUCAAUAUUAAAUCUACAUUCUAAUGGUCCAUCUGAUUAUUAUUAUUCCCGUUCGGCGCGCAGUGCUAAUAAAGAAACAGAAAAUAUAAGUGAUCCGCAAAAAGAGUAGUAAAUGAAGAAUAACGUCUCUUUUUGUACGUUUCUUUAUUUUAUUUCUGUUUUCUUCAGUGUAAAUUUAUUUUUGGCAUAGAAUGUAGUAACUAAAGUGCAAUUAAAUAUACGUAAAUACAAAAUAUAUUUUUUUGUUGAAUUAAGUUAAAAUAUUUGCAUAUUUUAAGGCAGCUGCUGUUAUUGAAAAAAAGUACGAAAAUAUAAAUUAAUAUGUAAAUAUUUUAUGUACGAUGUAAGUGUGUGUAAAUAAAUUAUUUAGAAAUAAAAAAAUAUUUUUUAGAAAAAAAAGAAUAAAUAAAUAUUAUGUCUGUCCCUGUAGUCGUUAGUUUUGCAGGUCAAACAACAAAAUACUUGUAAAUAUUAAUAAGGGAAUACUCGUUAUAAAAGCUUGUAACCAGACGAGUACGGGAGCAGACAUUUUGUGUUAUUGUUGUUGUAACAGCUCGACUGUGGCCGAUAGUUCUUUCCAGGGAAAAAAACUUUCGGUUGAUACAGCUGUAGCUGGGUUUGACCGAAUAUGACUCGGGUCGUUCCGGAGCGAAGAUCCAAUUGUCGUGGGAAUGACAUUUUGUGUGAUUUAUAUUGUGUUGAACCUUAUUAAAAACCUACUAACUAACUUACUAUAUAUCUAUCCUUUUCUAUUUAUUUAUGUUUAUCUAUCUAUCUAUCUAUCUAUCUAUUGAUCUGUCUAUUUAUCUAACUAUCUGUUUAUCUAUCUAUUUAUCUAUCUAUCUAUUUAUCUAUCUGUUUAUCUAUCUAUUUAUCUAUCUAUCUAUCUAUCUACCUAUCUAUCUACUAACUACUGCACACCGUUUAUACACAAAACUUGUUUCGUUUUCUGCUGCAACAAAUCAAAUGUUAAAAUUUCCAUCAAAUAUCAGGUGAACAGAAUUUAUUUUACAAAUUACAUCGAAGUGGAAGUGUGUGCAUACCCGAAGGCUCUAGAGAUAUUUCAAAUAGAACCACGUUUGAAAUUUAAGUCAAUGGCAAAAAAUAGCAUACCUUAGGGAGGCCACAUAAAGUUAAAUAGGAUAAUUGAUAAGUAUGAUCCUAAUAAAGUUUGUCUGAAGAAAGCUAUUCGAAAAACAAACAUGCGUACUAAAAUUACUGAACGCCUGCUAUUAAAAAAGGCAACUCAAAUUUGAACAUUUGUACAAUUUUAAUGAAAAUUUGUUUGUGUAAGUGACAUAAACCAGAAUUUUUAAUGAACGUCAAUUAUUUUAUUACUUUUUUUUGUAACGAAAACGAUUUUGUUGUAAAAGAAUUAUUAGUUGCUAGAAUAGUAAAAUAUAAAUUACAUUGUUUGUAUGAAAAUAAAUGUUAAUAAAAAAAUUUACCUAAUUAAAUCUAA